AUGGAGACAAGAUGGAAGUGCGUCAUCGUGUUGGUGGCUCUCGGCAUUGCAUUAGCGUCUACGAAUAUGCUGCCAGUAUUUACACAUGACAUGAACAAUCUGGCGCUAUCAGAGAGUACACCAGUUGGCACCGUGGUCUACAGACUGCAAGGUGUUGAUCCUGAGGGUUUGCCGAUAACAUACAGUUUGGCUGGCACGGACAAGUUCAUUGUGAAUCCUGAAACUGGCGACGUCACAUUAAACCGACCUUUAGACAGAGAGGUGGAAGACACGAUAAAGUUCUUAGUAUCGAUAAGAGAUGAGGAACAAAACUUGGAACAAACGCAGCCGGUGACUGUGAUAGUGCUGGAUGAGAAUGACAACCCGCCGAUAUUUAAAAAUAGUCCCUACGAGGUAAGCGUGCCAGAAGACGAACAAGUUGGCACCACAAUAUUGAGGAGCAUUGAAGUAGAAGACGAAGAUUUCGUUGGAGACAGCCUUGAAGUUGGUUGCGUGCCUAGUGAACAGUGGCCAGAUGACUGUGACACCUUCGAGGUAGUGGCUAUCAAUUCAACAGCUCACCAGUACUUAGGAGCUUUGGUGCUCAGGAAACCUUUGAACUAUAAUGAGAGACAGUUUUACCAGUACCAACUUUAUGCGAAUGACGGUAGCCUCAACUCUACAACCCACAUUGAGAUCAAAGUAAUAGAUGUCCAGAACUCUCCUCCAGUUUUUAGCGGGUCUUUGAGCGGUGCUUUGGCUGAAGAUGCACCGGUUGGGACCUUAGCUCUGACUGUGAAGGCCAGGGAUGCUGACAGGGCACAGCCGAGAGAUGUGGUGCUAGAACUCGUUAAUAAUCCUUUGGAUUUUUUUCUCCUGGACAGCGUCACUGGUGAACUUAGGACUGCCAAACCAUUAGACAGAGAAGCUCUCGCUGAUCCGUCCUCGCCACUCAAUCUGACUGUCCGCGCUACAGAACUAGUCAACGGAUACCCUGUAAUCUCCGAGCUGACUUCAACCCUAGCCACGGUGACCAUCACAAUCAAAGACGUGAACGACGAGCCCCCUCGGUUUAACCGGCGCGAGUACAGCGUCGAGAUCCCCGAGAGCCUCCCUAUAGGCACACCUCUCCCCAACUUGGAUAUGGUGGUCACUGACACUGAUCUCGGUCUAAAUUCGGUGUUCAGCCUCCGUCUGUCGGACGAUCUGGACGCUUUUAUAGUGGAACCUUCAACAGCCACAGGCAGUGCCUCCGUGACCCUCAGGCUCAACUCCACCCUGGACUACGAGGAUCCUAAUCAGAGAAAGUUCAUACUAGAAGUCAUAGCAGAAGAGAUUCACACUAUGCCGCGCCUGUCGUCGAAGGCGAGCGUGACGAUAUCGCUGACGGACGUGAAUGACAACGCGCCGCAGUUCGCGGAGGAGCCCAGCUCCGCGCACGUGGCCGAGGGCGCGCCCGCCGGGACACGCGUCACGGCGCUGCGGGCCACCGACCGGGACACGGCCCGAUUCGGCACGGAAGGCAUAGUAUAUACAUUAUCUGGUAACGGAGCUGAACUAUUCCAAGUGGACAAUCGCAGCGGAGUGAUCACUGUGGCGCCCUGUCCCACGCCUGGACAACCGCCUUGCUUAGACUACGAGACCAGAAAGGACUAUUUCUUACAAUAUAAGGCAACAGAUGAUGAUGGAUCUGGCCAGACGACAGUCGUAUCUCUCCAGAUCUCGCUAACAGACUCCAACGACAACCCACCGGUGUUCCUCACGCAGGUCUACAAGGCGUCUAUUGAUGAAGAUGCUGUCAAAUUUGAGCCGGAACUUCAGGUACAAGCCCGUGACGCGGACGUGACGUCAGACAUCCGCUAUUCGAUCAUAGACCCGGCGGACCAUCCGUUUUGGAUAGACCCUACCACCGGCAAGAUAUCUGUAAGGCCGGAUGUCGGUGGUGUGGAGUCUCCCGAAAACUCCAACAAGAUUUUUUUAAUUGUUUUGGCGACAGAUGGCAUUCACAACGGGACCUGCAGGGUCGAGAUCACGGUGCGAGAUGUGAACAACCACGCUCCGAUAUUCGACAGCGACAAGUAUGAUGCUGAUGUGUCUGAAGAUGCACCUAUUGGUACUGAAAUAGCCGCAGUCCGCGCCACAGACCUGGACAGUGGGAUCAACUCCGAGCUGAAGUACUCCAUCCAGAAGGGAGCCUUGGACGCCUUCGCCAUCGACAACAUCACUGGGGUCGUCACCGUCGCCUCUAAACUUGACUAUGACAAGAGAAAUACCUACAGGAUACAGGUUGUUGCCACUGAUUUUGGUACCCCGAGCCUGACGGGCACGAGCGAGCUGUGGGUGCACGUGGCGAACGUGAACGACAAGCCGCCGCGCCUGUCGCCGCCCAGCCAGCGCGCCUCGGUGUCGGCCGACGCGGCGCCGGGCACGCUUGUACACCAGCUCGUUGCCGUGGACCCCGACGUGGCCGACCCCGCCUCGCUGCACUUCGACCGGGCCCCGCAUCGCAUACGCGCCGUCGACACUAGCGGCAACGAGGUAUCGGACGAGGGUGUGUUCGACUCGUGGUUCACGGUGCGGGCGGACGGCGCGGUGCUGGUGUCGCGGCGCCUGCAGCGCGCGCGCGCCGCCGUGCUCACGCUGCCCGUGCGCGUGCGCGACACAGAGGCGCCCGCGCUGCAGCAGGCCGAAGGUGAACUUAUAAUAACAAUAGUGGACGUAAACCGCCACGCACCAGUAUUCUCUCAACCCUCGUACCUUGAGAGCAUAGUGGAAGAACAGCCCAUUGGCACGACCCUGGGCACGUACACCGCCACAGACAAGGAGACGCCAAUAUCUGCCAUCGUGAUACAUCCGCCGAGCCCUUACUUCGUUAUUGAUAAUGUCACUGGUGUAGUUAAGACAGCACAGCGAAUUGACUACGAGAAGAUCCACACCAUCAACUUCACCCUCAUCGCCUUUGACUCCGGAGUGCCACAGCUCAGCACCUCAGCAGGAGUCACGGUCCAGGUCAUCAACGCGAAUGAUGAAGAGCCUACCUUCUCCUUGCCGGGGUACGAAGCUACGGUUGAGGAGCACUCGGCUCCUGGCACCAGCGUGCUCACUGUUAGCGCUACUGAUGAUGAUGAAGGAGAAUUCGGUGAAAUUCGCUUCAGCUUAUCAGGCGAUUCAUCACUGUUCACCAUCGACCCUAUCACUGGGGUGAUCACCGUGGCAGAGGGCGCUGUGAUCGACCGGGAAGUGAUCACCGAUGUAUACAUGAGAGCUAUCGCGAGUGACAAUGCUCACGCGCAUAUGCGAAGAAACAGCAUUGUUCCUGUGCAUAUAAAAGUCUUAGACAUCAACGACCACGCACCAGUGUUCACCCAGAAAGUUUACAAGUCAACUAUUGCGGAGAACCUUCAGCUCAACCCACCAGCUGCCAUCCUCCAGGUCCUGGCCGAGGAUAAAGACGAGGGGAUCAACGCGAAGGUGCAGUACAUGAUAGUAGAGCAAACUGAACCAGGAGUGUUCUCAGUGGACCCUUCCAAUGGUAUCAUAUACCCUUCGAAGCCAGUGAUGGGGAACACCACCUACCACCUCACGGUGGUAGCGACUGACGAGGACGGCUCCGGCUCUAAGUCUGACGUUGCCAGGGUUGAUAUUACUGUGCUAAGUGUCAAUAGACACAAACCUGUCUUUGAGCAUCCGACUCCAGAACAGAAGCAGUUGGAAAUACCAGAGAACGCGGCGCAAGCUGACUAUCUCGUAACCACAAUAAAGGCAACGGAUGAAGACUCCGGCGAGAACGGACGCAUAUCUUACUAUCUGAAGGUGAACAAUCAGAACGUUGGAGAGACGGCGGAGUUUAGUUUGGACAAGGACACUGGAGAGUUGAGGACCAAAACAUUCUUGGACAGAGAACACAAGUCUGAGUAUCAGUUGGUGAUAGCCGCAGUAGACAACGGAACGCCCGCGCAGUUUGAAACCCUUAAGCUUUUGACUGUGGUACUCGCUGAUGAUAAUGACAACACGCCACGCUUCUCAUCCCCCCUACAUCAAUUUGCCAUCAAAGAAAACUUGGUUCCAGGAGUUAUAAUCGGUACGGUCAAAGCUACCGAUAAGGACUCCGGCGACAAUGGCAAGGUUUACUACCAUAUACUAGAAGGGAACCAGGAAGGAGCUUUCACGAUGGACAGGACUUCCGGCAUCAUUAGAGCUAACAUCAGUUUUGAUAGGGAGAAACAAUCCGACUACUCAUUUACUGUAUACGCCAGCAACAACCCACUACUCGAGAACGCGGGUACCAUCUUGAACCUGGUGGAGAAUAUCACAGACGGCGUGGACCCCAGCAUCACAGUGGUGAAGAUCAAAGUACUGGACGAGAAUGAUAACGAGCCAAAGUUUCAGGAGAAGGUUUACUAUGCUGGAAUCAAGCACACAGCCCGUAUCAACGAGCCCAUCCUAUCCGUGGUAGCCGAGGAUCCAGAUCUGGAAGAGAAUGGAACCUUGAUCUACAUGGUGGCUGCGUCUAAUCUGUACAAGUUUGGUGCUGAAGUGUCCAGCGGUAGUGUGGUGCCGUCGCCUUUCAAUAUCAGUCAAGAUGGUGUUUUAAUGACUGCGAACUACAUGUCGGAGUACAACCAAGACAGGUUCGUGCUGGACAUCAUCGCGCAGGAGGUGGCUCCUCCUCAUCGACAAGCUAAGGCACAAGUAUAUGUGUGGAUCAUCGACCGGUCGGCGCUGAUCCGCAUGGUGGUGUCGCGCAGCUGCGGGGCGGGUGGGGCGGGGGGCGGGGCCCAGCGGCGCCUCGGCUCGUCGGCGCAUGCGCUGCUGGUGGCGGGCACGCGCCUGCCGCUCGUGCACGCCGACCGACGGUACAACGACUGGUGUGAAAUCCAUUUGCACGCAGUUGACCCUAACACGUACCAAGUACUACCAGUGGAGAAGGUCCUGGAGACUAUCGACUCUAAAUACGAUGAGCUAAAAGAUAUAUACCAGGAAUAUGGAGUGGAGACACUCAUCGCAGCCAGCGCUAGUUCUAAAGCUCCUGACAGCUUCGAUCCAGCUUUAGCAGCAUUAAUAGCACUGCUCAUAGUGUUAUUCACUGGAAUCGUCACUUUCAUAGUCGUAUGCGCAUGCCUUAAGCACUGGGUCAUUCCUCCACCAUCUCUACAGUCCAGUAAGGGAGACAGCUUAGCAAGGCGGCGCAUCCUCGAAGAGCUCUCGACUACAGAGAACCCUCUAUGGCUGGAGACGAAACUAAGACCUUACGAGGAGCAGGAACUCACCAUGAACGUAUUCGGAGACCAGGAACAGCAAAUAAUUGAAUCUGCUCCGACGGACAACACGUACGCGACAAUCCAGGGCAGCCGCGCGACGGAGCGGUUCGGCGACUACGCCACGCUCGCCGGGGACUCGCCCACGCCCGCAGAGGCCGCGCUCGGCUUCCAGGGUAGCACGUUUAAGCCUCCUUCAGCAGACACGCCGGAGCCACCGCCUAGACCUUCGGGGCUAGGAGUGCUUUGA